ACCAGCUCGGUGAAUCCUUUUGGUUGGCAGCUCUGGGCUCGAUGACGUCAUUGAGAAGCUCCGAAAUUGAAAUCAAUAAGUGGUGUUCAAUGUUGUGUGCACAUGACAGUCGGAGCGAAAUGGUGAUUAUGUCAAAACAUUCUGUCAGAGCGUCUCGUUUAUCUUCGACAGGAACGAAAGCGUGAAUGUACCGAGACAGGAUGGCGCGAAACACGAAGAAAAAGCUGGCGAUAUUCGCCGGGACGUCCAAGUGCUUGAUAUACGCAGAAGCAAAAUAUUGCGCCUCCGAAAUGCCUGGAGAAAUAAAAUACUACGAGUGUUCUAGAACGGAAUAUUGUUGCGGUAUCGGCUGUUGCGGGUCGCCAGGAUUGCACUUUCAUCAUUUAUGGUAUUACUGGAUAUUGGUGAUAAUCAUGUUCCUGGUUUGUUCCGGCGGUGGAUGGUGGUACCGGUACUGGUUGCAAGGGAGAUACAGGGCAGCCGCGUCGACUAUACCGAACAGGGCUUCGAAUUCGCGAGCUCAGAAUUCCCUUCGGGGGCCGCCUUGUCAGGGGCAGAGAGCUCGCAUCACCUACAAUUCCGCAAGGAACACGGUGUUGUUGCAACGAAUGUGGAAAGGUCCUCAGAGGAACGGCGCGGUGCCCGCGUACAACGGCUCGGCCGCAUCGUCGCAUUAUCAGAACAUGAACAUGAACGUUGUUUUGAACGAUGCGAACUGUCCGUACUAUCAGCUGUACGGUCCACCGCCGAGCUACGAGACUGUGAUAGCCCAGUCACGCGGUAAGAUAUCGAACCCAGCGUCGCCGGAAUCUUCAGGGACGCGUAUCAACGGUCAAUCGCCGAGCGUUUUGCCGAACGUUCUGCCGAGCGUUCUGCCGAGCGUUCUGCCAAGCGUUCUGCCAAACUCGAGCGUGCCACCGCAGUGCUUCUCGUACGCUUGCAACCCGUCGGCAAGGUUGAAUUCGCAAGCUGGUCUCGAGCAGAACGGGAGUUCUCGCCAGCUCGAGAACCCGGAGGCGAUGACGUUGCCGCGUUUCUCGCCGUACUUGCUCGCGGACGGAACGAUCAGGCCGAAUUUGUGCGUGAACGUUCCCUUCAACUAUCAGGAGCAAACCCUGCCGUUCGUCACCGGGGACGGGUUCGCGCGUAUCUAUCAAGGUACUUCCGCGAACUAUGUUCCCUAUCCGGUGGGCAAGCCGUCGGACACGUCGGACCCGGAGAAUCAAAGUUACGAGAUGCCGAGAACGGAGAGGUAUAUGAUGGUGAACAUCGAUUGUACAGCGGGUAGCAGUCGAGAGCCGAGCGUCUGGGAACCGAGCGAUCGUUCGAUCGUCGAUGCGCAUGGAAACGAGACAACUGUUGCGAACGAGGGUCUCCAGGAUAACAAUCGGGAGGACGAGCAGCGGCGGAACGCGUCGGAAAUUGGCAGGGCGUUUCCGCCGAUACGCGAGAACGAUUCGGAAUCGACGAUGUACUCGUCGGAGGAUUUCGAACCGUCGGAAGAGUUCUCGAGGAGCCGUCGCGUGUACGGCGGGUCUCUGAAGGCGAUCGGCAGGUACGCCGGUAACGCGAAAUGCGAGGAAUUUUCGGUUCGGAGGGCGUUCUCGAGAACUCUGCCCCGGUCCUGCGAGGGACUUAUCAAUACUGAGCCAGCGACAGCGACGGCAACAGCGACAGCGACAGCGACAGCAAUAUCGACAGCUACAGCGAUAUCGACGGCAACUGCGAUAGCGACAGCGACCGCGAUCGUUCGCGUGUCCAAAAAUUACGCGAGUCCUCUGGAAGAGACGGCUAACGCUAGCGCGAGUUCUUUCCAAUCAAAUCCAUCCAACAAUGUGAUAUUAGAGUCUUUCGUUUCCGACGGCGGACCUUCCUCGACGGAGAACGUCGAGUACGAGCAACGGUGUCGUCCUCGUCUCGCCAACGUCAGUACAAAUUCUGAUUUUGAAAGUAAACAUAGAUUAGACAGAUCGAAAUCGUUGGACUGAGCGCACGAGCGAUUCGCCGUUUAAGCGAUACCUUAUUCUUGUAUACACGUUAAAGUACGAUUUCCCGCGUGAUACAUAUGAAUAUACAGAUACAUAUAUACAAUUACAUAGGACAUGUACAUGCAUAUGCAUACAUAUACAUACACACAUACAUAUAAAUAUACAUACGUAUAACGAAAUGUAUAUAUGUAUAUGUAUACAUAUUGUACACGUACAGGUAUACAUUUCGUUAACUCGAUCGUCAGGUCGACGAAUGUCGAACAACACGUUCCAUCCCGCAAUCGGUGUAAAGAAAAAAAAACGAGCGCAGUAUUAUUUUUUUAACGGGUCCUCCGAUUUGUCGGUGUAUACUUGUCGCGUAUUAAGAGAAACGUUUAAUGUUGUACCUACAAUGCUUGUUGAUCCUGUCUAUUUUUCGAUCGAUCCGCACUGUCACGCGGCAGAUUCCCGAAUCGCUCGCGCCCGACAAGCGACGACGGGGCUGAUCGAUGCAAUAACUAUUCUCGUAAACGUUUAUACUGAGAAACCUGUGGGAACACUCGGAGCACCGUUUUCAUUUCCGUGAGAAGCAGCUGGUUCCUCAGCCGUCGGUGGACAGGGACGGAAAGAAGAUCGCCCCGACCGCCAACGGCCGUCGACAGCAUUUCGUUGGUGAACGCGAUACUGCCAGAAAACGAUUUGCUCGAAAAUACGACUCGUCGUUCGAUCCGCGUCGCAAGGCGUCGCAAAGCGUCGCGACGCGACGGUGUCGCAUUCGGUUGACCGCGCGCACUCAAUUACGCGCGCACUCAAUUACGCGCGAACGGUGUCCCUGUUUUUAUGAAUGGGCUCAACUAACUCCGGUUACGCACAAAACCGUCGAUUGACGCCGUACUUCUCGUCGUCCUACAUUUUAAUAUCGGCAUGCCAAUCGACUCGUUAGCGCACCCUUUUUCUAAUCUUCGCACAUCGUCGCACACAUUUACGAACCACGAGUAAACUUUUUAAUAUCAAACGUUCUAAUUAAGUAAGGAGGAAUGUUUUAUCGCACGACCGUCUCUCCCGCGUCGCGAUUUUCUAUACCGUGUAUCGUAAAUAAAUCAUGAACCGUGAACCGUGAACCGCGGGAUCGCGAACCGUGAACCGUAAGCCCGUUAACCCGACGCUGCGAAACCGAUCCGUUCUCCGGCUCGAUCGAGCACCGUUCGUAGAUUCGUUUCCCGUGUUUGCACGUUCACGCGAUCUCGACGUUUCCGUGGUCUUACAAGGCGAAACUGCGCGAAACAAUUUGGAAGCAACGUUUCUUUUACUUUACGUCUCGGAUCUUCGACCGAACUUGCCUUAUAGACAUCGCAGCGCUGACUGACAAUUAGUGGCGGCACACCACUUUGCGUGUACACGUAUAUCGGAAAGUUUACAUUCCGAUCCUACCAGUCGACUAAAACUCUCCCACCCGACGUAGUCUUUCGGUCUAAUUUUAUCUGUUCCGUUCGAUGUGUACCUAUGUUUCGUUUCGUUUCGUUUCAUUUAGAUCCGUUCAGUUGAUUCGAACAAACGAAAAAGUCCCCGCAAAUUCUAUCGUCCCUACAUCGAAUGAACCGAAGUUUCGUCGUUUUGCCUUGCAACCACGAUCUCGUAGAUUAAUCUCGAUCUCCUUCGACGCCCGGCAAGCCAUCGCUGUUCCAAUUAACUUUAAGAUAUUGUAAUUUACGAAAGAGCCUCUAGUUUGUUUACUAAUAUAGCGUGCAGCGAGGAACGCGAACGAAGGGGGCGAAGGGGAAUGGGUCGAGCAUAGUACUCAAUAAGUUGAGACGAACGGAGCUCUGUAAGUUGAGCGAAAGCUGGAGUCUGAUCGAAGCGAUUACGCUCCGAUCGAUUUUCGGGGCGACCACAGCUUGCGAACGCAUACAUGUAUCUUCCUCUUCUCUCGUGUCUCUUUGUCUUUGUCUUUGUCUUUGUCUUUGUCUUUCUCUUUCUCCAGAUUACAAUUGUUUCACGUCGCCGAAACGUUCUCGCGUCGUCGCGUUUCUAAUUAUGUUCGAUAGGUUCUCUCGAUUGUAACUGCGGUCCAAAGAAACAGCAUACGUGCCAAUAGCGUGUCCGUUAGGUAAAUUAAUGAUCCGGUGACCGAGUCUCUCUCGUGGACCGGUCGCUCGAUCGCGCACAGCCAAGGCGUUAGCUUAAACGAAAUGAAGUGAGAUUAAGAGAAAUAAAAUGGAAUGGAAUGGAAUGGAAUGGAAUGGAAUGGAAUGGAAUGGAAUGAAGUGAGAUGUGAGAUGGGAGGAAAAGAAAAUAAUGGAAAAUAAUGAAAGCACACGCGUACUAAUACAAUUGUAUAUACAUA